AUGCUAGAAGGGGAGACUCUGAAGACGUACUCGGACAGAUACUGGGAAAUGUUCAACGAGAUUAUUGGUAACUUUGAUGACAUGGCCAUCAACACCUUCAAGGCUGGCCUCUUAACCGAGCACGGUUUCAGGAAGUCUUUAACUGGCAAACCUGUCACCAGUGUGCGCCAACUCAUGGACUGGAUUGAUAAGUACAAGAGGGUUGAGGAAGACCAGCAGCUGGGGAAAGGAAAAGCUAAGGUUAUCCCUCAGGAGAUGAGGAGUUUCAGGUCAGACCGGUAUAAUAAUAACAACUGGCCUGGGAGAUACUUUGCUGGGCAGUCAAGAUUUACUAAUACUCAGGCGGUUAAUACGGUGUUCCAAGAACUGGUACAUCAGGUUUUGGAGAAGAUUAAAAAUGAGCGGUUCUUUAAAUGGCCAAACAAGAUGACUGGAAACCCUAUGAGGCGCAAUCAGAGCCUUUAUUGCCAAUACCAUCAGGACCAGCGACACACUACGGAGGAUUGUAGAAAUUUGCGGAACCAUUUGGACCAGCUGGUCCGAAAAGGAAAGUUGAAGCAGCUUUUGCAUCAUUUCAGUGGCCAGGGGAGUCAGACAGGUUCGGAACCCCAAAGAGAGAUGCUUCUUCAAGACUCCUCUCGGAACGAUCAAUGUCAUCUUUGCUGCUCUAGGGAGGAGUGGUUCUUGUCCCUCCAGAGUGAUGUUUGUGGCUCGGCUGUCCGCUGA